CGAACUGUCGCCUUUCGACCAAACCGGUCAGCGCCUUUACGUUCACAAGUUCUUCUGCUUCAACUUCCCCGACGCCAGUAAGAAGGACGACGCGAUCGAACACCUUGUUCAGCGUUGCGCAGUCGCCAUCGCGCGCUGGCCUUUCAUCACGGGAGCAGUGGUUCCCUGCCCAACACGCGUCGGCUUCCUAGAGCUGCACUAUGAUCCUUCCAAGACCGCUCCGACCGCUCGCGACCUACUCAUCAUCAAGGAUAUCGGAGGCUCGCCUGAAUCAAUGAGUUUCGCUACUCUGGCAGAGAUCGGUAUGCCCCCUAUCCUCAUGGACAUCGGAAGAUACUCUUCGGUCCCCGAAUGGCCCACCGCUGGCGAAGUCUAUCCCGCGCUCGCCAUCCAAGUGAACUUUGUCAAAGACGGCCUCAUUCUCUGCUUCGCCUUCCAUCACGCGGUUGCAGAUGGCGGCGCCUUCACCGAGUUUGUGAAAGAAUUCGGCUCUGGCACGACGGAUCCGGGGAAUAUGUCACCCGUCGCUCCACGCAUCGGCUACAUCGCAGCUCCGGCUGAUCAAAUCCUGCCACUCACCAGCUUCCCCGAGUACGACUCCAGACGCGCUCCGACGCGUGCAGCAUCGACGGGGGAGGCGACAACGACAACGGCCAUCUUCCAGUUCUCUGCAGAGACGGUGCGACAGCUCGAAGGCGCCGUCGCAGCCCAGCUGAAGAAGACCAUCGGGCCAGACGCAUGGGCGUCGAACAUCGCAUGUCUCUCGAGCCUCGUCUGGGUCGCGGUCGUCCGUGCUCGUCAGGCGAGACUCGCCGCUUCCGACACAGCCAAGAUUGGUAUUGCCGUCAACGCUCGCAGCGUCCUUCGCCUUCCAGAUGACUACUUCGGGAACUGCAUCGUUCAUACCAAUGCCACCGCGAGCGUCGAAGAGCUCCUCAGCGCCGACACCAGCGCCAACAUCGAAGGCAGCCCCUCCAUCAUCUCCAUCGCAGCGGUCGCCCACGCGGCCUGGAAGAUGCGUCAAGCCGUCAAAGGCGUCAACAGCAAAUACGUGAACGACCGCCUCACCACCUUCUCCGCCCUCGAGGACCCCGGUGAAGUCAGUCGCGCGUACGAAGCAGCCACAGACAACGCCAACACGGGCAUCGACUUCAGCUCGUGGCGCGACCAGGGCGCGGACGUCGAGUUCGGCAUCCCGGGCACCUGCACUUCGAAAGUCGACGUCUGGCGCAAGGGCUGGUCUCCGAACGAAGGCGCGUACAACAUUCUGCCUCGUAAGGGGGGUUCCAAGGGUGAGGCGUGCUGGGAGGUGUCGCUGGGACUGAGCAAGGAGGACAUGGAGCGCGUGGUCGUGUGCGAAGAGCUGGGAAGUUGGACGACGAGGUGGGUAGGCGAGUCACUCGGAUGGUUUGUAAAGGGGUCCCAGCCGUGCAUGGAGGAAUGAGAGAAUGCUGUGUGUUGCUGAGACGGAUUCUAUGGUGCGUGGAAAGACUCGAUGACUGAGAUAACUUCCGCCACGAUGAUAGGGAAAAGUAUGAG